GUGGCCGCUGACGUAAGGAAAGGACGCAGCAGAAUUUCGUGACCUAUAAAUACCGGCCGUAGUGAGUAGUGAAAGCAGGAGUCGGAUUCCACACAGUCGCGUUAAGGACUGUCUGUAUUACGUUUCGGUGCGACCGGUUCUACACCUCGUCGAUCUGGACUCUGCCUCUCUCCAGUUAAAGAAGUCAUCGACUGUGGAAUCGGAAGCUAACAACGAUACACCCAGUGCUGCCGUUUCAAGACGAGAUGAGUUCGUCCCUGGCGUUUGCGUUGUUGCUGUUGGCGGCAGUGGGCGGCUGCUGGUCGGCGGACAUCUUGUUCAUCGCGCCGACGCCGUCCGUCAGCCACGCGCUGCCCAUCAACGCCGUGAUUCGCGCUCUCCUCAACAGAGGGCACCGCGUCACACACAUCACGCCGGACCCCAUGCAGACCGAGAAUAAGAAUUACACACUGGUAGACUUAUCAUCAAUUUAUUGGGUUCUGAGCAACCAGAACAAAUCUGUCUGGGCAGAUACUUGGCCUAUGAAAUUGGCCGAGGCAUACCACGAACUGGGCGUCGGGUGCUGCGUCAAUGAAAUGAAGCAUCCUGCACUACAAGACUGGCUAAAGUCCGAACGCCGGUUUGAUUUGGUGAUCAUGGAACGACUGCCGUAUCAGUGUUACUACGGAGUGGUCCAUAAAGUUGGUUCACCUCCGUUGGUCGGUUUCCUAACGCUGCCCGCCAUGCUACCGGCUUACUACGCCAUAGGGAACCCUAUAAACCCAGCUUACCUACCAGACGUCUUCAUCGGUUACAGCGACCACAUGAAUUUCUGGCAAAGGCUGUACAACACUUACUUCACCUUGAGGUUCCUCGAUUAUUGGCAGAGAACUGUAUUGCCUGCUCACGAGGCCAUCAUGAGGGAACAUUUUGGCCCGGAACCACCUUCCGUUUACGAAGUGGAACGCAACUUCAGUAUGCUGAUUGUAGCUGCCCAUUUCAGCGGUCACUACCCGAGGCCAAAUGUACCGAACGUGAUUGAAGUCACGGGACUACACGUAGAAGAUAAAGUGAAGCCUCUACCGAAGGAUAUCCAGAAGUUUCUGGACGAAGCUGAGCACGGAGUCAUCUACUUCAACCUGGGCUCGAACGUCAGGAGCAGCGAGCUGCCGGAACACAGGAGGCAGGCGUUCGUGGACGCCUUCAGGGAGAUACCGCAGAGGGUUGUCUGGAAGUGGGAGGACGACAACAUCCCUGACCUCCCAGACAAUGUACUCGUGAGGAAGUGGCUCCCGCAGCAGGGCAUUCUGGCCCACCCGAAAGUAAAGCUGUUCAUCAUGCAAGGCGGACUGCAGAGCCUGAACGAAGCAGCUUACCGGGCUGUGCCCCUGAUUGUCACUCCGUACUUCUCUGACCAGACGCACAACUGCGCGAAGAUAAACUCAGCAGGCAUCGGCAUCCGUAUCUAUUUGAAGGAUAUCAGCAAGGAGACUGUGCUCGACGCCAUCAACAAAAUUAUACAUGAUCCCAGCUACAAGGAGAGGAUGGCGCAGUAUUCUCGGCUGUUCCGCGAGCACCGCGAGCAGUCUGUGGAGACGGCGGUGUGGUGGCUGGAGUACGUAGUCCGCCACAAGGGAGCGCCGCACCUGCGCAGCGCCGCCCUGGACCUCCGCUGGUGGCAGCUGCUGCUGCUCGACGUCGUCGCCUUCGUGCUGGCCGUCGCCGCCGCCACCGUCACCGCCCUCUGGUUCGUGGCCAGGAGGCUGCUGGCCGCCUUCACAGCGCGGAAGGACAAGCUCAAGACCCACUGAGCCACACCCACGAGUGACAACGUGCCGCGGCUUCAUCUCCCGAGUUUCGACAAAAAUACGAGGUUAUUCGUAAUUGUCUCAAGAGGACUGCUUGAAAACUAGGCAACCUGCAGGAAACAGACACAUAUCAGUGGCUAUCGCGUCUCUACAAAUUUUAAACCCACAUUGAGUAUUAAUAUGGGCACCGUUCGUGACGGCGCAAAAUAUCAACACUCGCGUGCAGUUAAUUGACACAAACACCCUGGGGUAACGCGGCGUCAGCAGGCUUUGGAAAUCUGUUGGCUAUUCCAUGCAACAAUAUCGAGCAGACGAUUCGCCUACUCGUUCUUGCUCUGACACGCUUGCCCCUAGUGCGACGCUCUGAUAACUGCUAUUUGAUAUUUUUGCGGUUCCAUAAUUCACCUACAGGAUCACUUUCUUGUCCGCAUACCAGUUUGUCUCACUGUGCAACUGUUAACAGCUCUUUUUCUCAAGAAAGGGUAAAGUUGAAAUAUAAGUGAAGUGCCAAGAUCUGUGGUCCCUUGACGAUGCAAGGAAUUUAAGCUUCUAAGUCAGUGUAGUCAGAAGAUGUAGCCAUCUAUGUCACACAUAUUCAUACACCCAAACGUACUCAUCAAUACUUGCUGUUGACAUAGAAUCAUGAAAUUUCACAAAAAGCUAGGUUUCCUAGUAAAAGUAAAGCAAAUAUCCGAAAAUUAAUUUGCAAUAGCAUAACCGUUAUUUUUGUUCUUCCCAUCUCUUAAGAGCCCCUUUUCCUCAGGAACGGGUAGACAUACCAAGUUGAAAUUUAUGUCAAAUACUAGAGUCUACGGUCGUUUGGCGGUGUAAAUAAUCUGAGCUUCUACGUCAACGCUGUGAAAAGACGGCCAUAUUCGCUAUAUAUUAUCAUACACGCAAACUCUCUAUUCAAAGCUAUGGAUGAACUGUUUACACAGAUCUGGUGGUCUAUGGGAAGUCGUCUUCUGAACAACCAGAGAUACAUUUAAUAACUCAGUAGUGCAUGACCAACCGAAACAUAUUCUCAUAUGUCGACUGCAUUUUCUCGAAAAAGUUAUUACCAUCGUGAUCUCUAGUCCUCAAUAACUUGGAAGAAAAUAACGGUACUUGGAAGUACUUUUGUUCAGUUAAUUUACAGUGCGUUGUGCAAGCUACUAUCAUGAUAAACUCGCAGCCUCUGAUGUGAACACAGUUCAAUAAAAUUAGACAUUGUUGCCAAAUUGGCCAUAUAUCAACGUGCGGGCCAAGACAUCUGUUCUGUUAACCGCAAAUAUUUGCCCGUCUCGAUUUUCCUAUAUUGCGGGGAAUAUUACAUAAAACAAAGUUAAUCUUCACAUCUCGUUAAUGGACAACGCCGUGCUGAUAAACAAGACGCUUAAUGUGGACGCUGUAAAAAUUCACAUGAUUUGCUACAUAAUUUCGAUACCUUUGACGGAUGCCUUAAGGAUGUGAGGUUUAUGGCUUUGGGUACACCACUGCCUCUGAAUUCUUCAACUAGCCUGUCCCCCCAAAGUCUCCUUAUCUCUCACCACUCUCUGACUCCCUAACCUCUUCCCCUCUAUCUCUUUCUCUUUUCGCCCCCCCACUCACCCACUCAUACAUAUAUACAUAUAAAGACAAAAGACAUUGACAGAAAUGGCACAGUAGCUACUACCCUGCAAAAGCUCUGUGAAUGACCAGUUUAACAACCUAUAUAUAUUCACCCAUAUUUAGGACUUCUGUGUAUUCCCUAAAUCGCAUAAGGUGAUUCUUAGAACGUUUCCCUAGUAACGUCUAAUUAUUCCCCUCUUACUUGAACGUAAUUCCUGCUUUGUCCAGUGUCUUUAGUAUCUCCACCGUCUACAGGACGUUACAGUAGCAACAGCUGUGCAGCUGUCUCCUUACUGAUCCGGUGAAGGUAUGUAAGUAAAGUCACAGGACAAAAAGAAAAGGGGAUUUAAGAUACAUUUUUGUUUUAACACAUCUAUAUCUUUUGGUGGAUAUAAAGGUAGUGUUAAACAUCUGUAGUUCAUUACGCGUGAUUUCGCAAACAAUUGAAGUCCCAUGUUACCUUCAUAUACCAAUACUACAAUUGUAUAAAGUAUAUAAAGUAGAACAACAACUACCUUUUAAGGACUUAUUAUGUCAUAUAUCACUAUGAUAUUUGUAACUUAUUUUUCAGUGCCGUAUACUUGUUAGUCAACUCAGUCAAAUUUAGUUUACAAAAAAUGGGAUAUCUGUAGCACUAUCACUAAUCCUAAAUGUUACGCAAUCGUAAUUGUUAUGCAAAGACUGUGAUAUUAUUCGACU